AUGGAGAUAAGUGGGGGCUCCGUGCAUGAAAUUAUAAUGUGUGGAUUAGUUAAACCCGGAAGGAAAUAUGGGAAUGAAUUGGCUGCAAAUAAGGGGUAUCCUUUUACAUCUGCACAAAGGAAGGAACUAGAAAGACAAGCCAUGAUCUAUAACUACAUGAUGGCAUCUAUGCCUAUGCCUCCUGAUCUUCCCUUUCAUGCACAAUCAAACCUUUCAAUUUCCUUGUUUGAGUGUAGUGACUGGUCAUCUCGAAAGGUGCAAGCAACGGAUGGCGAGAAAUGGAGGUGCUCAAGAGAUGUGCCCCAUGACAAAUACUGUGAGUGCCAGAAAAGGCCUUCCUGUUCAAGAAAGCCUGUGGAAAUCAAGAACAAUGCCACCGGCAAUAACGAGAAGAAAAGCCCCCUUUUGUUUAAUCCGAAAACUGAUCUGUAUUUCUACAUCCUCCGGUAA